CAACAAACUGUGCAGUGCCAGCAGCGGAAAAAGAGUGAUCUUUAGUAUUUUACGGAGUGCGAUUUCUCUAACCUUACUUAUGCCCGUAACAGCCAAUGCUUCGUUUAGAAAACUAUAGUUUCAAGUCUAUUGUCACAUCUGGAUUUGUGUUGAUUGAUUGCUGUAUUCUAUCCUAACAACGAGGCUGGUCUUUUCAGCCUUUCCUGUCACCCUCAGUGAUACUUGCAGAUUGGAGAUCAAUACGUUGAGUGCAAACAGAAAAUGUUAAAGAAAUGAUAGCUGCACAGGAGCUACAGACAGACUUUCACUUCCCUCAGGAGGCAGACACGCAGCUGUCCUCCGACACGGACCUGGAGGAUCCUGAGGGGAGGAAUGCCAAGCCUGGGAAAGGAAAGAAGGGGAAGAAAGGUCCUGGAGAGAAGGGGAAGGGCUCGGGGGCCAAAGGUCAAGGUCGAGUGAAUGGUCACCACCAGGAGAAUGGCAUGGAGAACCUCAGCCUGUUUGAGGUGGUCAAACUGGGCAAGAGUGCCACACAGUCAGUGGUCGAUGACUGGAUCGAGUCUUAUAAGAAUGACCGCGACAUCGCUCUGCUGGAGCUCAUCAACUUUUUCAUCCAGUGCUCUGGGUGUAAAGGUGCUGUGAGCUCAGAAAUGUUCAGACACAUGCAGAACUCUGAGAUCAUCAGAAAGAUGACUGAGGAGUUUGACGAGGACAGUGGAGAUUAUCCUCUGACCAUGACAGGGCCUGUGUGGAAGAAGUUUAAGUCCAGUUUCUGUGAGUUCAUCGGCGUGUUGGUGCGUCAGUGCCAGUACAGCAUCAUCUACGACGAGUACAUGAUGGACACAGUCAUCUCGCUGCUGACCGGACUGUCCGACUCGCAGGUCCGAGCCUUCAGACACACCAGCACACUCGCAGCAAUGAAGUUGAUGACUGCUCUAGUGAAUGUUGCCCUAAACUUGAGUAUCAACAUGGACAACACUCAGAGACAAUAUGAAACAGAGAGGAACAAGAGCGUGGGAAAACGAGCGAACGAACGCCUUGAGUUACUGUUGCAGAAAAGGAAAGAGCUACAAGAGAACCAGGAUGAAAUUGAGAACAUGAUGAAUGCAAUUUUCAAAGGCGUCUUUGUACAUCGAUAUCGUGAUUCGAUUGCUGAAAUCAGAGCCAUAUGCAUUGAGGAGAUCGGAGUGUGGAUGAAGAUGUACAGUGAUGCCUUCCUAAACGACAGCUACCUGAAAUACGUUGGCUGGACCAUGCACGACAAGCAAGGGGAGGUUCGUCUGAAGUGUUUAACAGCCCUACAGGGUCUGUAUUACAACAGAGAGCUCAAUGCCAGAUUGGAGCUUUUCACCAGCCGAUUCAAGGAUCGUAUUGUGUCCAUGACUUUAGAUAAGGAGUACGACGUCGCUGUUCAAGCCAUCAAACUGCUCACUCUGGUUCUACAAAGCAGCGACGAAGUCCUCACAGCUGAAGACUGUGAGAGUGUCUAUCACCUGGUGUAUUCUGCUCAUCGGCCGGUUGCCGUGGCAGCAGGCGAAUUCCUCUACAAAAAGUUGUUUAGUCAUCGAGGUUCUGAAGAUGAAGGUUUGCCCAGGAGAGGUAGACAGUGCCUCAAUGCCAACCUCAUCAAAACCACCGUUUUCUUCUUCUUGGAGAGUGAGCUCCAUGAACACGGGGCAUAUCUGGUGGACAGUAUGUGGGACUGCGCGUCAGACCUGCUGAAGGACUGGGAGAGUAUGAUCAGCCUACUGCUGGACGAGCCCUUCCCCGGAGAGGAGGCUCUGACAGACAGACAGGAGACGGCUCUCAUUGAGAUCAUGCUGUGUGCCGUGCGCCAGGCCUGCGAGUGUCACCCCCCUGUGGGCAGAGGCACCGGCAAGAGGGUCUUAACUGCCAAGGAAAAAAAAACACAGCUGGAUGACCGCACGAAAAUCACGGAGAUCUUCGCCGUCGCUCUGCCCCUAUUACUGGCCAAAUACUGUGUGGAUGCUGAGAAGGUCACAAACUUACUGCAGUUACCACAGUACUUUGAUCUGGAGAUCUACACCACAGGCCGUCUGGAGAAGCACUUGGAUGCCUUGCUACGUCAGAUCCGUGAGGUGGUGGAGAAGCACACAGACACGGAUGUGUUGGAGGCCUGCUCCAUGACCUUUCACGCCCUCUGUAAUGAAGAGUUCACCAUCUUUAACAGGGUGGACAUCGCCCGUAGCCAGCUACUCGAUGAACAGGUGGACAAGUUCAACCGACUACUGGAAGACUUUCUACAGGAGGGGGAGGAGCCAGAUGAAGAUGAUGCUUAUCAGGUCCUGUCUACACUCAAGAGAAUCACCGCCUUCCAUAAUGCUCAUGAUCUGUCCCAGUGGGACCUGUUCACCAGCAACUACAGGCUUCUCAACACGGGCCUUCAGAACGGAGACAUGCCUGAGCAGAUUGUAAUCCACGCUCUCCAGUGCACUCAUUAUGUCAUCCUGUGGAAUCUGGCCAAAGUGUCAGAGGGCAGCUCAAAGAAGGGUGACCUGAUGACUGUGAGGAAGCAGAUGAGAGCGUUUUGUCACAUGUGUCAGAGAUAUCUCUCCAGCGUCAACACUGCAGUCAAAGAACAGGCAUUCACCAUCCUGUGUGACGCUCUGAUGAUCUUCAGUCAUCAGAUCGUGGCGAACGGCCGUGAUGCUCUGGAGUCCCUGAUCUUUAGCCCAGACUCCUCUCUCCAGACAGAACUGCUCAAUUUCAUUCUGGACCACGUCUUCAUCGACCAGGACGACGACAGCAACAGCACAGAUGGGCAGCAGGAUGACGAGGCAGGGAAAAUCGAAGCACUUCACAAGCGUAGGAACCUGUUGGCAGCGUACUGCAAACUCAUCAUCUACAACGUGGUGGAGAUUAACACGGGCGCUGACAUCUUCAAACAGUACAUGAGAUAUUACAAUGACUAUGGUGACAUCAUCAAGGAGACCAUGAGCAAGACGAGACAGAUCGAUAAGAUUCAGUGUGCUAAAACUCUGAUUCUCAGUCUGCAGCAGCUGUUUAAUGAGAUGCUGUCUGAUCUGGGCUGUAAUUUCGACCGCUCUUCAUCGGCAUUCUGCGGCAUUAAGGAGCUGGCCAGACGGUUCUCCCUCACUUUCGGACUGGACCAGCUCAAGACCCGAGAGGCCAUUGCAAUGCUGCACAAGGACGGUAUCGAGUUUGCCUUUAAAGAGCCCAGUCCGCAGGGUGAGGGUCACCCACCUCUGAACCUGGCAUUCCUUGACAUUCUCAGCGAAUUCUCCUCCAAACUGCUGCGCCAGGACAAGAAGACAGUGCACCUGUAUCUGGAGCGCUUUAUGACCUUCCAGAUGGCUCUACAGAGAGAGGACUGCUGGCUUCCGCUCAUCUCCUACCGUAACUCCCUCCAGGCCGGUGCCGACGACGACACCAUGUCCAUCGUCAGUGGCAUCAGCAGCAGAGGCUCCUCCCGCAGCAAGAAGACCAAACCUCCAGCAAGCACGGGCAAGAGGAAACUGCCCGAGGAGGAGAGCAGCUGUAGCAGCAGUGAUGCUGGUGUGUGGAUGGGCCGUGAGCAGGGCGCUCAGACUCCAGUCAUGAUGCCGUCUCCCCACCUCACCUCCACUGUCCUCCGAGAUGCCAAGAAACUACGGCCGGAGGAAGGCUACAUGGGCGUGUAUGCCAUGAGCAAUGAGCCGCAGCCCACACCGCUUCAGCAACCACAUCAGACCAACAUCGACUACAACACGCAGGUGACAUGGAUGUUGGCUCAGAGGCAGCAGCAGGAUAGAGGAAACAUGCAGUAUGUGAAGAUGAGGAGUCAUAUGCCACACGCCAUGCGACGGGGCACCGGUCUGAUGGAGGAUGACGAGCAGCAGCCUAUCGUCGAAGACGUGAUGAUGUCAUCGGACGAGCGACUCGAGGAUCUGAACGAGGGCAUGGACUUCGACACCAUGGACAUUGACCUGCCGCCGUCUAAAAACCGCAGAGAGCGUUCCGAGCUGAAGCCAGACUACUUUGACCCAGCCUCGAUCAUGGACGAUUCGGUCCUAAACGUUUCAAUGUUCUGAGUGGACGUGAACGGACCGGAGAAGAAUCAGAACUCAUGUAAUGUUACAGAGAGCCUCUUUUAACCUGGAGACUCGCUCAGUACAGAGAAUCCUCUUAUGUUUUCACACAAAGGACUCAAUGCACAAGAGACUGCAGUUGCCAACAGAGGCAAUACCUUUAAGCUUAACCUUUUUUUUUUUUAUUUUGGCCAAUCUGUGAGUUAAAUCCCUCCUCUACCCCAGAUGUCUAUUGUGUAUAUACACAGUAACUAAUGUUCAACUAUUACAACAGGCAUGGCAUGUAGCCAUAGACAGUAGACAUCUUAACAUAUAAACAGCAAGAGAUAAAGGUGAAAUGUCUUCAUAUAUCAAGAAAGAGAAGAAAAAACACCUUUCCAUAGAAUAAGGAGUUUUCUCUUAAUCAUGGUCUUUUUUAAAAAGAGGUUCAAUUGGUCUCCUUUUGUAAUUUAUAGAAGACUUUUGAUUUAUAGGUAUUUUGUAAUGACAAUCAGAUGUAAAUCAGUACUUUAUAAAUGUGUAAUUACUCAAGGUGAGUAUUUAAAUCAGCAUUUAUAACUGAAGUUUCUUGUGUGGGAGAUUUUAGAGGCUUGCAGUAUUUUUUCUGUCUUUCUCUCUUGUUGCUCUCCCCUUUUUAAUGAGUUACAUAGUGAUCGCUCCUCUUAUUGGGUUACCAAGACAGCCUGUCUCUUUAAAAGGGGGCAGUGCUGAUUGGCCGAGAGUGACGUCCACAUUGCUUGUGGUCCUAAUACCUGAGGAGCCCAAAGCGCUUAAUCUGAUUGGGUAAAACCCACCGUUCCCUCAGAUGUUACGUGGAACCCAGAAUGCUUUGCUCAGGUUAGUCAUGCAGUGGUUAGGUGAAUGGAAGAUGAUAAAAAAAAAAAAAAAGAAUCAUAAUGUAUGCUGAAAUAUGCCAUUUAGACAUUUUCAUUUUAUUUUUAUUUUUGUUUUCCUUGCUCUGAAUUUUCUUUGAAAGGGUAGAUCCGAAUGUGAAUGAGCUCAUCCCGUAUUCCACUCCCUGCAAUUUUUGUGUCUGAGGAAAAAAAAAUUGUGGAGAAUGUCUCAAAAAAAAAACACUGCAUUUAGAGUUUGGUCUUGGGGUAUUAUAAUA